AUGGUGAAGCUCCCAGACGAGAUUGAGCAGAACCCUGAGCUCUAUGGCCUCAGACGUUCAGGAAGAGACAGAAGAGUAGCAUCAUUGGCUGAGGAGAGCGACGAAGACGAGCCAGUUGUCAAGAGAAGACAGCAAAAGAUCAGCUAUGAAGACUACGAGGAUGGUAGUGAUAACAGCCCCGAGGAGCUGGAAGACUCAGAAGACGAAGACUUUGGCGUAAGUAAGAAGAGAAAGGUCAGUCUGAAUCGUGCCCAUAGCACAGCCAAGCAAAAGAACGGCAGACGUAACGGCAGAAGCAAAACUGCCUCGGCGCAUGUCACCCCUACUCCUCCUGCCGAGGUGAGGUUCUCCACUAGAAACAACAACAGUCAAGUCAACUACGCGGUCGACUAUGAAGAUGACGAAGAUCUCAUAGAAAGCGAAGCAGAGGGUGCUGGAGAUUACUACUACUACGAGCAGGCGAUGGCCGAAGAGUCAGCUCGCUCCAUUGACGCUGUGUUGGAUCACAAGCUUAACCCAGAGAACGCAGAGAAGACUGGUGAUGCCAAGCUCGAUUACCUAUUCAAAAUCAAAUGGUCAGAUGCCUCUCACUUACAUAACACAUGGCAUACGUGGCAGGAUCUCAAGGAAUACAAGGGUAGCAGAAGAGUGGAGAACUACAUCAAGCAGUUUAUCAUCUUGGACCAGGAAAUCCGUGAUGAUCCAUACACUACGAAAGAAGAUAUCGAGGCUAUGGAUAUCGAACGUGAGCGUAAGAGAGAUGAACAGGAUGAAUACACCCACGUCGAGCGUAUCGUCGAUAGCGAUAGAGUUGAGCUCGAAGAUGGCACAUCCCAGCUACAAUACUUUGUCAAGUGGAGAAGACUUUACUACGACGAAUGUUCCUGGGAGAACGCCGAAACCAUCGCUGAAAUGGCUCCUGACCAGGUUAGCAAGUACCAGCAGCGUCUCCUGUCCAAGAUCCUUCCUAAUCUUUCAGCCAACUAUCCACAAAACCAAAGACCUCGUUUCGAAAAGUUGAACAAGCAGCCAUUAUUUAUUAAGAAUGGAGAGUUGAGAGAUUUCCAGUUAACAGGUUUAAACUGGAUGGCUUUCCUUUGGUCGAGAAACGAAAAUGGUAUCUUAGCCGAUGAGAUGGGUCUUGGAAAGACAGUCCAAACGGUGGCUUUCUUAUCGUGGUUGAUCUAUGCCCGCAGACAAAACGGUCCACACUUGGUUGUUGUUCCUCUCAGUACUAUCCCAGCAUGGCAGGAAACCUUUGAGAAGUGGUCCCCUGAUGUUAAUUGCAUUUACUACUUGGGUAACACCGAGGCCAGAAGAAACAUCAGAGACUACGAGUUCUACGGCUCUAACAACAAGCCAAAGUUCAAUAUCUUGUUGACGACAUACGAGUAUAUCUUGAAGGACAGAAAUGAGCUUGGUGCUUUCAAAUGGCAGUUCCUCGCCGUUGAUGAGGCUCACAGAUUGAAGAAUGCUGAAUCUUCCUUGUAUGAGUCUUUGAAGCUGUUCAAGGUUGCCAACAGAUUGUUGAUCACAGGUACGCCUUUGCAGAAUAACAUCAAGGAGCUUGCUGCCUUGUGUAAUUUCUUGAUGCCUGGUAAGUUCAACAUCGACCAAGAGAUUGACUUCGAAGCUCAAGAUGCCGAACAAGAGGAGUACAUCAAAUACUUGCAACUGAGUAUCAAGCCUUUCAUUUUGAGAAGACUUAAGAAGGAUGUCGAGAAGUCUCUUCCUUCAAAGUCGGAACGUAUUCUUAGAGUCGAGUUGUCCGAUGUCCAGACCGAAUACUACAGAAAUAUCAUCACAAGAAAUUACGCUGCAUUGAAUGCCGGUGUCAAGGGCUCUCAGAUUUCUUUGUUGAACGUUAUGAGUGAAUUGAAGAAGGCUUCCAACCAUCCCUAUUUAUUUGACGGCGCCGAAGAGAAGUUUUUGGCUAAGGCCGGCGGUGCAUCCAGAGAUAAUAUCUUGAAGGGUAUGAUCAUGAACUCGGGUAAGAUGGUUCUUCUAGAACAGCUUUUAACCAGAUUGAAGAAGGAGGGCCACAGAGUGUUGAUCUUCUCGCAGAUGGUGAGAAUCCUUGACAUCUUGGGUGAUUACAUGUCCAUUAAGGGUUACCAGUUCCAGAGAUUAGAUGGUGGUAUCCCAUCUGCCCAGAGAAAGAUAUCCAUCGAUCAUUUCAAUGCUCCUGAUUCCAGAGACUUUGCUUUCUUGUUGUCCACCAGAGCAGGUGGUUUGGGUAUCAACUUGAUGACAGCAGACACUGUUAUCAUCUUUGACUCGGAUUGGAAUCCUCAAGCCGAUUUGCAAGCCAUGGCUCGUGCUCACAGAAUCGGUCAAAAGAAACACGUUUCUGUCUACAGAUUUGUGAGUAAGGAUACCGUCGAAGAAGAGAUUCUCGAGAGAGCUAGAAAGAAGAUGAUUCUUGAAUAUGCCAUUAUUUCUUUGGGUAUGAAUGAUCCUGGUUCGGGUAAGAAGAACAAAAACGAGCCCAACUCGAGUGAGCUUGCACAAAUCUUGAAGUUUGGUGCUGCUAAUAUGUUCGCUGCCUCUGAUAACCAAAAGAAGCUUGAGGAAUUGAACUUGGAUGAUGUCUUGAACAGAGCUGAAGACCAUGUCACUACUCCCGAGAUUGGUGAGUCCAACCUUGGUUCUGAAGAAUUCUUGAAGCAGUUCGAAGUCACAGACUAUAAGGCAGACGUUGAAUGGGACGAUAUCAUUCCUCAGGAUGAAUUGGCCAAACUCAAGGAAGAAGAGAAGAAGAAGGCUGAAGAAGACUACCUUAACGAGCAGAUCGCCAUGUACUCCCGCAGAAGAGCCGCUGUCAAGACAUUGCAAGGCGGUACUCCAGACACCAGUGGAGUCGACGACGACGGAGAGGACGAAGAAGAAGGUGGCGGUAGACGUGCUGCCAGGAAGAAGGCCGAGGAGAAUCACGAGUUGUCAGAGAAGGAGAUUCGUGGUAUCUACAGAUCUAUCCUUAGGAUUGGUGACUUGUCUGGCAAGUGGAGUCAGCUUGUGGAAGAGGGUAGUAUUUCGAACAAGAACCCUGUUCUUAUCAAGCACGCAUACAAUGAGAUUCUCAGUAUCUCCAAGAAGUUGGUGAAGGAAGAGGAGGCCAGAAGGACGGAAGCACUCGCUGAAUUAGAAAGAAAGGCCAAGGAAUCCAAGUCAUCCACUGUGCAAACAGAUGGCGAGAAUCCUAUGGCAUUGUGGAUUGCUAAAAAGAAGGAGAAGAAGGCUGUUUUGUUCACAUACCAGGGUGUCAAGAAUAUCAAUGCCGAAUUGGUGUUGUCUCGUCCUCCUGACAUGAAGCUUCUUGAGUCAAUGGUACCAAAGGAGAACCCGCUUUCCUUUGAGCUUCCCCGCCCUCCUAAGCUGGUUCUGAACUGGAAUUGUCAAUGGUCGGCAAAGGAUGACGCAAUGCUUCUCGUUGGUGUCAACAAGUUUGGCUAUGGUGCAUGGACGCAGAUCAGAGAUGAUCCUCUUCUCGGCUUGCAAAAUAAGCUUUUCCUUGAAGGUACAAGCAAGGCGACUGAAAAGCCAUCCGAGAAAGAGGCUAAGGGCUCGAACAAGAAGGUUCCUGGUGCUGUUCAUAUUGGUAGAAGAGUCGACUACUUGUUCUACCUUUUGAGAGGUGAAGAGGAUAGCGCACCAGCUGCCACGAAUGGUACUACGAAAAAGAAGACUGCCAAGAAGCCAAAGGCUGAAGGUGCUGCUAGACCCAAGAAGACUUCGAAGUCCCAAUCUCCAGAUGUUAAGGUCAAGAAGCCAAAGGCUAAGAAGACUGGCUCAGGAUCGAAUGUCAACUCUCCUAAGCUCGAUAACCAUUCAACAAUGAAGAUCAAGAAUGAUGAAGACAACGGUGAAGAAAACGAUGACUACUUGGAGUACGAUAGCAUGGACGAAAGACUAUGCAAGGCUACCUUGAAGCCUGUCGCCAAGUCGCUCAUGAAGUUACACAAGGGCAACCAGGGAUUAGGCAAGCACGAGUGGGCCAUGUUGCUCAGAAAAGAAUUGGUCACCAUCGGAGAAUUCAUCGAUGUCACUUGCCAAGAAAAGACUGAUGACAAGCUCAGCAAGCACUUAUGGUCGUACGCUAGUUUCUACUGGCCUGCCAAGGUACCAAGUCUGAAGAUCACUGCCAUGUAUACUAGAAUCAAGAGCCAGGCUGACGCUCCCAAGGUGAAAGAGGAAAAAAAGGACGGGCCUAAAAAGGAAAACUCCCCAGAAAAAGUGGCGUCGAAGAAAGAAGAGCCCAAAGCCGUGGAUGCUGCCGUUAAGGAAGAACCAAAGGUAAAGGAGGAGCCCAAGGGAUUGGGCGUGGAAAAGGCGCUGGCCUAA